AUGGUCCGAAAUAGCCGCACUCCGUCGAAAAAGAAAAACGGCACCACGUUCUACUACGUAAACAACGUUAAACUGGCCUGUACGAAGAAAAUGAUUGGACAAAUGAAUAGACUGCAACGGAGCACCGACACCCUAAUACCGAGGUUGUCCUUCGGCCGGGUCGUACGUGAAAUAAUGCAAGACUACAUGGACGAUUUAAAGAUACAACUGACGGCGCUGCAAGCCAUACAGGAAGCGGCCGAAACUUACCUUGUACAGCUAUUUACCGACUCGUACAAGUGCAGCAGACACGCCAAACGAGUCACGCUAUACGCCAAAGAUAUGCAUUUGGUUUUAUUUCUGAGAGGCGAAUCGGACCCGGGCUUUGGCACUGUUAAAAGGGGAACCAUUUAA